AUGGAGAACAAAAAGCACUUUCCAAGGUAUAAAGCAGAAGAUAUGACUAGGGGAUUCAAUUUUAGAUUGGGAAUGGAGUUUAAGUCUUUGAAGGAUUUUAAGAGUGCCCUACAGGAGCAUAGCGUUUUGAAUGGAAAAGAAGUGAAGUUUGUGAAGAAUGGUUCGAAGAGAGUAAGGGUAGUUUGUAAGAAAGGGUGUGGUUUUCUUAUUAUGGCUAGCAAGGUAGGAAGUAGCCAAACCUUUAGAGUCAAAACUCUAGUUGGGCACAAUUAUGGAAGGACUUUUGGUAGCAAAAGUGCAAGUGUAGAAUGGAUUGCACAGGUUUUGGUUGACAGAUUUGUGAAUGUUGCAGGGAUGACAGUCAUUCAAAUCAUAGAUGAAAUAAAAAAAUCAUAUAGUGUUGGAAUAACUUAUUGGAAGGCUGGAAGAGCUAAGAAAAUUGCAAUGGAUUGUUUAGUGGGUGAUGGAGAAGGACAAUAUGCUCGUCUGUAUGACUAUGUGGUUGAGUUAUUAAGAGUCAAGGCUGGGACCUUCAAGAUUAAGGUCAAUCAACCCCAGCCCACCUUGCCACCAAGGUUUGGGUCAUUUUACAUGUGUUUGGAGGGUUGUAAGGAGGGUUUUUUAGGUAGUUGCAGGCCAUUCAUUGGGGUAGAUGGUUGUCACUUGAAGACAAGUUAUGGAGUUCAGUUGUUAGUUGCAGUAGGAAGAGACCCUCAUGACCAGUAUUUCCCACUAGCUUUUGCAGUGGUAGAAACAGAAUGCAAAGACACAAGGAUGUGGUUUUUGACACAGCUGCUUGAUGAUAUUGGAGGCAUAGAUUUUCAAAGGUGGAUCUUUAUUUUGGAUCAGCAAAAGGGAUUAAUGUCAGUUUUUGAUGACAUCUUGAAUGGAGUGGAACACAGGCUGUGUUUACGCCAUUUAUACAACAAUUUCAAGAAAAAAUUUGGGGGAGAACUAGUCAUUAGAGACCUCAUGAUGGGGGCUGCGAAGGCAACAUACCAUAAGGAAUGGGAGAAAAAAAUGGGUGAGUUAAAAAAUCUGAAUGUUGAUGCCUUUAAUUGGUUAAUGGAUAUACCAACUAAAAGUUGGUGUAAGCAUGCUUUUAGUGCUUAUCCUAGGUGUGAUGUGUUGAUCAAUAACUUGUCAGAGUCAUUUAAUAGUACUAUUUUAUUGGCAAGGGACAAACCUAUAAUUACAAUGAUGGAAUGGAUUAGAUCAUACUUAAUGAGUAGGUUUGCAAGCCUUAGAGAAAAAGUUGACUCAUAUCCUGGUGAUGUUAUGCCUAAAUCGAGGAAAAGAUUGGAUAGGGAGGUUGAAAAGAGUGGUAAUUGGCUUCCUGUUUGGGCAGGGGGUUCACAAUUUGAAGUAACUCAUGGCUUUACCAUGGACAAGUUUGUUGUUGAUUUAAGUAAUCACACAUGUACUUGUUACUUGUGGGAUUUGGUAGGAAUACCAUGUAGACAUGUUGUUGCUGCCAUUCAUUACAAAUCAGAAAACCCAGAAAAUUAUGUUCAUCCUUACUAUAAAAAAGAUGCCUAUAGAACUUGUUAUGCACCAACUAUAAGUCCUAUCAAUGGACAACAACUUUGGCCUACCUCUGACUCUCCACAACUACUGCCUCCCAUUUACAAAACACCUCCUGGGAGGCCAACAAAAUUAAGAAGACGAGAAGCUGAUGAAUAUGUCACCCAUGGAAAAUUGUCAAAGACCAAUACUGCUAUAAGAUGUAGCAAUUGCAAUGCAUUUGGACACAAUUUAAGGACAUGUAAAAAGAGUCAGAAAAGCAAGAACAAAAGGGGUGCUUCUGCAUCAACACCUGGAUCUGCUGUAGGAAGGGGAGCAUGUGCAGGCAGGGGGGCAUCAUCCUCAACAUCACAAGCUGGAAGGGGAUCGGCCAGAGAUGCAGAGGCUGGGGCUGCAUCAACAUCAGGAGUUGGAGGAUCUGCAACUAUGCGUGAAGGAGGAACAAGAGCGUCCUCAAGACUGGCUGGACAAAUUCUAGGGUCUCAAGCAAGUUGUAAUUGA